CGGUGCCUGCGCGGCGGGCGGCGGUGCGGCUGCGCGCCUCACGGCGAGCGGCGGCGGCGGAGGCGGCAGUGGCUAAGAAAAGAUGGCUGAUCCUUGGCAGGAAUGCAUGGAUUAUGCAGUUGCUUUAGCAAGGAAAGCUGGGGAAAUAAUCCGUGGUGCGCUGAAAGAAGAAAUAUCUGUUAUGACUAAAAGUUCACCAGUAGAUCUAGUGACAGAAACGGAUCAAAAAGUAGAAAACUUCAUUAUAUCUUUGAUAAAAGAGAAGUUUCCUUCUCACAGUUUCAUCGGAGAAGAAUCUGUUGCAGCUGGAGAAGGCAGCAUUUUGACAGCUAAUCCCACAUGGAUUAUAGACCCUAUUGAUGGAACUACCAACUUUGUACACAGGUUUCCAUUUGUGGCAGUUUCAAUUGGCUUUGUUGUAAACAAAGAGAUAGAAUUUGGAAUUGUGUACAGUUGUGUAGAAGACAAGAUGUACACUGCUAGGAAAGGAAAAGGUGCAUUUUGCAAUGGUCAGAAACUUAAAGUAUCAGGCCAAGAAGACAUUACAAAAUCCCUUUUAGUAACAGAAUUGGGAUCAAAUCGUGAUCCAGAGACUAUAAAAAUAAUUCUUUCAAACAUGGAAAGACUUCUCAGCAUUCCUAUUCAUGGGAUUAGAGCUGUUGGUACUGCAGCUGUGAACAUGUGCCUUGUGGCAACAGGUGGUGCUGAUGCCUAUUAUGAAAUGGGAAUUCAUUGCUGGGAUAUGGCAGGGGCUGGAAUCAUUAUUACUGAAGCAGGUGGAGUGCUGCUAGAUGUAUCAGGUGGACCAUUUGAUUUGAUGUCUCGAAGAAUAAUUGCUGCAAGCAGUCGAGCUGUAGGAGAGAGAAUAGCCAAAGCACUUCAGAUAAUUCCUCUAAAACGGGAUGAUGCAACAAAUUGAAUACCAAAGCUACAGCUUAAAUGUAUUGAUACAAUGGUUGUCUCAUAAUCUCAUAUACUUGUAAUUCUAUACCAUGAACCUGAUAAAAACAGGAUAAAUGGGGUAAUCUUUCGCUACUGAUAGUUUAAGGUGCGACUGUCAAGUACUGUUUUGAGACUAGACCAACAUAGUGGUGUUACUAAAUAAUUAGAAGUAAAUUGUACUGUUAGAUAUUUUGUUUCAUAUCAUAAUUGCAUAAAAAUCUGUAAAAUGAAAUGUAUAAGUAAUAUUUUAAGUUUUAUAUUAUACUGGAAGACAUAGCAAGAGACUUUUUUAAAAUGAAAAAUGUGUAGUUCCUUAAGUGACAAAAUAAUGUUUAUUAUCUUAACUACAAAACUUCACAUUUGGUCCUGAAUCUAGAAAUACCAAGGCAUUAUUAUUAUCCAAUGUCUCUUCCUUUUUCUCUUGUCUGUUAGUUCUUCAGUGUGAUCAGCUUAUCUGUUUCUUCAGUUUGUUCCUGUAUUUGCGGGUAGAUCAUAUAUUUCCAAACUUUAUUUAGUUGCUAUUAGUUUGGGCUCUAAUUUAUAGUCUUUGUUACCCACUAGUGUUACUUACUAGUCCUUGUCUUUCUGAUCAUUGUCAUGCAUUACUUCUUGUAGAUAAGAGAUCAGAGACUAGAUUGUGUUGAUGUGCCUAUUGCAUUUGCAAAUUUAUUACAGUAGAAAAGUAAUAGAUCAUUGUGCUAAAAAAUUAGGUGCUUGUCUCAGGAAUAAGUUUUGAGCAUACUGCCUAUCAACAAAUAGGUUUAUACAAAAUUAAAAUGAGGUACGAUUGGAAUUUGUUCAUUGGAAUCAGCUGAUAUCACUUGUCAGAUAUGAUUUCCAGUAAUCUGAUUUGGAUAUCUUCAUGGAGGAGGAUAUCUCAAAGUUUAAGAAAUUCUUAAAAUCUAAGAGAGUUUUCAGUAAAUCAAAGAACUGGGAGGGAAAAAAAAGCCAAAAGUCCAAAUUUUAUGCCUUACUUAUUGUGGUUUCUGUCAGUGACCGAACAAGAUCAGGUUUCCGUUGAGUUACAUUCUCUACAGGCGCAUGAGAGGAUGUAUACCUAGAUCUGAAGAGAUAAAUCUAAGAAGUCUUAGUAAUUUAAUUCUUGAUGUUAAUUGUUGUAAAUGCACAAAACCAUACUGUGGGUGGUUCUUUACAUUUUUGUUUUCAAGCUUUUUAAAAGUAUCAGUGUAGUGUUCAAAUAAGUAGUGCACUUUAAAAAACUAUUUAACUUAAUCAGUUUUUGCACUAUUUUCUGUGUCUAAAAUUUUCAAAGAAAGGUCAUUUAACUUUGGUCCACUCCAGGCAUGACAAUGCUUUGGAAAAUCUGGCUUUAUAUAUUGAUGUUCCACUAUUUGUUUUUAUUUUGGAAGAUGAUGGAUGUUCUCUGUCUUGAAGUUCCAGCGGAUCUUCUAUAAAUUUGAGUCUUCUGUAUCAAUUAAUUUUUUUGCAGGUUUUGCAAAAAUAUUUCAUUGAAAUUGUAUCUAAUAUCAGAUGAUUAACAUUAAUGAGAUCAGCAACUGCCUGCUCUUCAAAGGUCAGUUUUACUUUUAAGGUUCCCAUUGGUAAGAAUUAGUAAGAAUGCUCUUUUUGAGCAUUUCAUUAUAGUUUUAUUGUUAUAAUUGGUGUGGAAUCGUUGUUUCAUAAUUCAUUAUUUUUUAAUGUCUGCUGUAUCAUUUCCAUGACUGUUGUGUAAAAUACAAACUAUACAGAUUUUUUUUUGUUAAACUGAUUUAUUUUGUGAAAUGGAGACAUGUCUAAAAAUACUUGAGGUGAGAAUACGUGUUUGGAAUAAAUGCAUGCUUUAGCAGUGGCAGCUCCAGAUGUGCUUCCCUGCUUGACAUUUGUCAGAGCACAAUGUUGGAUCCCAGCAUGCUGGAUUUAUGAGCUUUAAGCUUUCUAUCUCUGUGCAUGAGUUGAACACUUCUUCUUCCUGACCUCUGGUGUACAUAGAUCAUGAGCUGUUAUCCUUCUGCAGAAAUGGAGUUCUUUUUACAGCUACCCUAUGUUUGAGAGUCAGUAUUCGUACAUCUGCCUAUGAGGGUUAAUCAUACCCAUUUUCAGAGUUCUAACACUAUAGAUUCUUGUCUGUAGUUUACUUUUGAGGAGUAUCAGCUGGCUGAAGCAUUUAGCUUUCUCACUGUUAGGUUUCCUAAUGCUAUUUAGGGGAAAAAAUUACAUUGAGUGUUAUUUCCUGUUUUUGCUUUCUCAGUGUUAGCACUGAAGACCAGCUUUUUUUUUUUGUCUCUACAAAUGGCAGCUUUUGUAAACUGGCGUUUGUGUCUGCUUGUUUUCCAAUUUCAGUCUCCCUUUCAAGGGGAUUAGAGAUCCCUGUUGCUUGCUUGUUUGCUAAAGCAUUAUCCUUUCAAAUAACUCUUCAGCUAUGGCAUCAUGGGUAACUCUUUAGUCAUGUGAAGGGAGCCCAAGCCAUAAUCAAGUUUAAAGGCAUUUUAUUUUUAUAU